CGUGGUGCUGAAGCUGCGUGCUCUGUUCAGGGCUGCAGGUGGAGCGGCUGGACUGAGGAGUGAUCGCAUCUGCUGGCUAGAGAAAAGGAGAAAAAUAGGAACACAGGAACUGUGCUCGCGCUGGGUCUUGCUCUGCUACUUACCGGAUACACGAGCGAGCCGGGAGGAGGUUUCUGUCUGAAGGAAUUUUAGGCGCACUUUCUUCUCUCUUCCUUCCCUUUUUGUUUGUGUCUUUUUGAGGGAAGAUUGGGAAGAGGGGGAAAUCCUGAGAAGAGGAAAAAACAAAAACAACAAAAAAUUAAUCUCAGGAGCCUCAGCAGGGCGUUGAUAAGGAGCCUGGAGGCCAGGAGAAUGCAACAAUCAGAAGGGGAGUAGAUCUUUCAUGGCAAAAUUCCUCUGGGGGGACAAAGGAAGGGAAUAGGGGAAAAGUGGGGCAAGGUGACAAAGAACCAUACGAGGAACCAUGAACUCAUUCUGCUGUCCACAGUAUGCUAGAUAACUGUGACUUGCCUCAAGUGUUUGGAAGAAUACAUUCGUUUAUCUUCCCUUUUCAUCCCAUCGUUUACUUGAAGAAUAUAGAGUGCUUCGACUUUGCUGCUGAUACAGUGGACCAGUCAAGAACCUAAUCGCGAACAAAGUUGGAGAAAGAUAUAGAACACAGUCACCAUUUUUCAUCCCUCUCUUGCGUGUCUCGACAGCACCCACUGAUGGAGAAACGAAGAAGAGAAUCUGAAAAAAGCCGGGAGAGAAGCAGAAAGUGAGAUUAAAUAGAUGUUGAGGGGAAGUCGAGCGAAAAAGCAAACAGGCGAAGAAUCUGCAGAGUCUGCAACGUUUGGAAUAAGCCUCUUGGACAUUUGGAGUGUCCUUCACUAGACUCUAUUACCGAGUCUAAGCUUUAGAGAAAGAAACACGCACUGUUUAGGCAGCCAUCACAAUCACAAUUGACCUAAAUAAACACACUACGAACCCCCGAAAGCAAGCUGCCUUUUGGUGCAGAAUUUAACCCAUAGAGUGCCAUUGUGUCUGGCUAGUCUGGACUCUUUCAGGACUUGUAGGAUGACAAAGGAAAGCUCAUUAUCACAGUGGCCCUUGUGGUCCUUAGUUUUAGCCGGGUGCUUUCUCUCAGCAUGGACCCUGGAGUUUGGAGGAGCUACAGGUCAGUGGGCCCGCUAUGCCCGCUGGGAAGCAGGCUCAAUUGGCGAGCUCAGUUUCAGCCUAAAGACCAACAUAAGCAAAGCUCUGGUGCUGUACCUCGACGAUGGAGGGAACUGCGACUUCCUGGAGCUUCUAAUUGCAGGAGGGCACCUGCAGCUUCGCUUCGCCAUCCACUGCGCUGAGCCUGCUAGCAUUCAGAUGGAAACCCGUGUCAAUGACGACCGCUGGCACAUGGUCCUCCUCACCCGCAACUUUCGGGAGACUAUGCUCAUGGUGGACGGUGAGACCAAGGUGGCCGAAGUUCGCUCCAAGCGCAAGGAAAUGGCCGUCGUCAGUGAUCUCUUUGUUGGGGGGAUUCCGCCUGAUGUUCGCCUGUCUGCCCUGACGUCCAGCACAGUGAAGUAUGAGCCUCCUUUCAUGGGCCUCAUCUCCAACCUGAAGGUGGGUGAGAUGCCCCCUACCCUGCUUAACAGCCAAGGCAUUCAGAGCGACUUGGAGUACCUGUGUACCAAACAGAACCCUUGUCUGAAUGGAGGAUUCUGCGUUGUCCAGUUCGGGGAAGUGCACUGCGACUGCUCCCACACUCGUUUCAGAGGGAAAUACUGCAAGGAAGAAGAAGAAUACUCUGUGGAAGGUCUGGCGCACCUGACGUUAAACAACCAAGGUGACUCAUCCCAAGUGGCUGGUAAAGAAGAAUCAGUAGCCACGUUCAAAGGCAACGAGUUUUUCUGCUACGACCUGUCGAUGACUCCCAUCCAGAGCAGUACAGACGAGAUUACGCUGUCCUUCCGCACGCUGCAGAGAAACGGCCUAAUGCUCCAUACUGGAAAAUCGGCGGAUUACGUGAACCUGUCUCUGAAGAGCGGCGCCGUGUGGCUGGUCAUUAACCUCGGCUCCGGAGCCUUCGAGGCGCUCGUCGAACCCGUCAACGGCAAGUUUAACGACAACGCCUGGCACGAUGUGAAGGUCACGCGAAACCUGCGGCAGCACUCAGGCAUUGGACACGCUAUGGUAAACAAACUGCAUUAUAUGGUGACCAUAUCAGUGGAUGGUAUUUUGACCACCACUGGUUACACACAGGAGGAUUACACUAUGUUAGGCUCGGACGAUUUCUUCUACAUCGGUGGAAGUCCCAACACUGCUGACCUCCCCGGAUCACCAGUCAGCAACAACUUCAUGGGCUGUCUCAAAGAUGUCGUUUACAAGAACAAUGACUUCAAGCUGGAGCUUUCUCGGCUGGCCAUCGAACGCGACCCUAAAAUCAGUCUGAAUGGUGACCUGGUGUUCCGCUGCGAGGACGUAGCCGCUCUCGACCCUGUGACCUUCGAGACGCCCGAGUCGUACAUCGCACUACCGCGCUGGGACACCAAGAAGACCAGCUCCAUCUCCUUCGACUUUCGCACCACGGAGCCCAGCGGCCUGCUGCUCUUCAGCCACGGGAAGCCUCAGGGCACCAAGGAGCAGCGGCACGGGCGCGAGCUGAAGACUGAUUACUUCGCCAUGGAGCUGCUGGACGGAUUCCUCUUCCUGCUGAUGGACAUGGGCUCCGGUAGCAUCAAGCUCAAGGCCAGCAACAAGAAGGUCAAUGAUGGGGAAUGGUGCCACGUGGACUUUCAGAGGGAAGGAAGGAAAGGCUCUAUCUCAGUAAACAGCCGCACCAUGCCCUUCAACUCCAACGAGGGCAGUGAGAUAUUGGAUCUGGACAGUGAUAUGUACCUUGGUGGGCUCCCUGAGACUCGGCAGGGCCUGGUCCUGCCCCCGGAGGUUUGGACGGCCCUGCUGAACUACGGGUAUGUGGGCUGCGUGCGGGACCUCUUCAUCGAUGGGAAGAGCCGUGACGUCCGGAGGCUGGCGGAGAUCCAGAGUGCCCCCGGAGUCAGCAGCUUCUGCACCCGUGAGCUCCAGAAGAGGUGCAGCAGCGCCCCCUGUGGCAACGCAGGAGUCUGCAAAGAAGGCUGGAACCGCUACAUCUGUGACUGCACGGGGACCGGCUUCCUGGGCAGCAACUGUGAGAUAGAGGCCACAGUGCUGAGUUAUGACGGCAGCAUGUACCUGAAGAUCAUCAUGCCGGGCACCAUGCACACGGAGGCCGAGGACCUAGCCCUUCGCUUCAUGUCCCAGCGAGCGUACGGCCUGCUGGUGGCCACCACCUCCAAAGAGUCCGCCGACACACUCCGUCUGGAGCUGGACGGUGGACGAGUGAAGCUCACCGUUAAUUUGGAUUGUAUCAGGAUAGACUGUAACCUCAGUAAGGGUCCUGAAACUCUGUACGCCGGUCAGAAGCUCAAUGAUAACGAGUGGCAUGCAGUGAAAGUGGUGCGCAGAGGCAAGAACCUGCAGCUGUCUGUGGACAACGUCACUGUGGAAGGUCAGAUGACUGGUGCCCACACCCGUCUGGAGUUCCAUAACAUCGAGACGGGCAUCAUGACGGAAAGACGCUUCAUCUCCGUCGUCCCCUCCAACUUCGUCGGGCACCUGCAAGGGCUGACGGUCAACGGCGUGCCCUACCUGGACCAGUGCAAAAAUGGCGACAUCUCCUACUGCGAACUCAACGCCCGCUUCGGAAUGCGGCACAUCAUCGCUGACCCAGUGACUUUUCGAAGUAAAGGAAGCUAUCUAGCGUUAGCGACGCUGCAAGCGUACGCCUCCAUGCACUUGUUCUUUCAGUUCAAGACCACCAGCUCUGAUGGCCUGAUCCUGUACAACAGUGGAGACGGAAGUGACUUCAUUGUGGUGGAGCUGGUGAAAGGAUAUGUCCACUAUGUGUUUGACCUGGGGAAUGGACCCUCUUUGAUGAAGGGCAACUCGGACAAGCCGCUGAACGACAACCAGUGGCACAACGUGGUGGUUUCCCGCGACACCAACAACAUGCACACACUCAAGAUCGACUCCCACACCGUCACCCAGCACUCCAAUGGCGCCCGCAACCUGGACCUCAAAGGAGAGCUGUAUAUAGGUGGUGUGGGGAAGACUAUGUAUAACAGUCUGCCCAAGCUGAUCGCGUCCCGAGACGGUUACCAGGGCUGCCUGGCGUCCGUGGACCUGAACGGCAGACUGCCAGACCUGAUCGCAGACGCCCUCCACAGGGUGGGCCAGGUGGAUCGAGGAUGCGACGGACCGAGUACCACCUGCACGGAGGACUCCUGCCUGAAUCAGGGAGUGUGUCUGCAGCAGUGGGAGGGCUUCUCAUGCGACUGCACCAUGACGUCCUACGGAGGCUCGUACUGCAGCGAUCCCGGGACUACGUACAUCUUCGGCCGCGGAGGAGCCCUCAUCACCUACACCUGGCCACCCAACGACCGGCCGAGUACGCGGGCAGACCGGUUGGCGGUGGGUUUCAGCACGCAGCUUAAAGAGGCCGUGCUGGUUCGGGUGGAGAGCGCCAAGGGACUCGGCGACUACCUGGAGCUGCACAUAGAGCGGGGGAAGAUCGGGGUUAUCUUCAACGUGGGGACAGACGACAUAGCGAUCGAGGAGAGUGGUGUGGUGGUGAGCGAUGGCAAAUACCACGUGGUGCGCUUCACCAGAAGCGGCGGAAACGCAACAUUGCAGGUGGACAACCAGCCGGUCAUUGAGCGUUUCCCUUCAGGGAACUUUGAUAAUGAGCGCCUGGCUAUUGCCAGACAAAGAAUCCCGUACAGACUUGGUCGGGUAGUAGACGAUUGGCUACUCGACAAAGGUCGGCAGUUGACGAUCUUUAACAGUCAGGCGUUUAUAAAGAUCGGUGGUGGAGAGAAAGGGAGGAAUUUUCAGGGUCAGAUUUCGGGUCUGUACUAUAACGGGCUGCAGGUGCUGAAGUUGGCGGCCGAGGGCGACCCGAACGUGCAGGUGCAGGGUAACCUGCGGCUAGUGGGGGACGUCCCCUCCGUCCUGACCACAGACACCACCUCCACCACCCCGCUGGCAGACAUGUCCACCACCAUCAUGGAGACCACCACCACCAUGGCCACCACCACCACCCGCAAACAGCGCUCACCCACCAUGAGAGACAGUGUCACACAGAACACGGAUGAUCUGUUAGUAGCAUCAGCAGAAUGUCCUAGUGAUGAUGAGGAUCUAGAAGAGUGCGAGCCUGGUGGAGGUGAAUUAGUGUUGCCUAUUAUAACCGUGGAUUCUCUAGACCCCCCUUCAGUUGCAACACGCUACCCUGUUAUCCCUCCACCCCCCACCUACCGCCCCUUCCUCACACUGCUCGAUACCACCAAAGAGUCUCUGUCACUGCCCAAUGGCCGGGCUCCAUGCCCGCUGGACCAAGAGGACUGUGAAGAGGCUAUGGAGGUUUCGGCCUACGGUUCGGGCGAGAUGACCGAGUCGGACGACGAGGACUAUUACAAAAACUCGCCCCUCGUCACCGACCGGACCGUUAUCCCCCCUCCCCCUGCCGCUGAAAACACCCGCGGGGACCGCCACUUCUCUCGGCACCCCGAUUCCCACCGCCCCCCACUCCCCUCUACCCCCACUGCACACCCAGAGCAACUCGUCCCACGGGUCAAACCCGGCAUCAACAGUGGCAACAAUAUCCCGGCAGGCAAAAUGAACAACCGUGAUCAGGUGCUUCUACCCCCGGCCCAGCCUUCCGGGGAUCCCGAGCAUGGCGGGAGACACAGGCACAUCCCCGGUAUAACCUACCCCCCAAAUUUCCCUCAUAUCCCCACCACAGAUCCCUCAUCUCCAGACCGAGGACCCCCAGGAGCAGUGGAGGUGAUCCGCGAGUCCAGCAGCACCACAGGGAUGGUGGUGGGAAUCGUGGCAGCAGCCGCUCUCUGCAUCCUCAUCCUCCUCUACGCCAUGUACAAAUACCGCAACCGCGACGAGGGCUCCUACCAGGUGGACCAGACUCGCAACUACAUCAGCAACUCAGCCACACAGAGCAACGGAGCACUGGUCAAAGAGAAGCAGUCCGGCACGACCAAAACGGGCACAAAGAGCAAGAAGAACAAAGACAAGGAAUACUACGUCUGAACUCGGGCCUGCCACAGAUGGAGGCAGAGGAAAAAAGAGUGAGAGAGAGAAAGAAAGAGAGGGAAGAGAGAGAAAGAGGGAGGAAGAGUAGUAUGGGUAGAGGGAAGGCAAAAGAUCAGGCAUUUGUUGGCACUUUGCGGUCACAUUUCGAGUGGUUUAAGUCCUCUUCUUGUUCACCCUUCCCGACUGUUUCUGUCUCUUAAAAAAAAGCCAGGAGCAAAAGCGAGAGCAAGUGAGGAUUCGGGCUGUUUCUUCUAUUUCCGGAUUUUUAAUAGUUGAUCCUUAUUACAGAUUCUGUCUUUGCUCUACUUUUGUACUGUCGGGUAAAUGAGAAGUGGAGUUUUUCCAUGGUAAUCAUUCGAGACACUAGAUGCUAGCUCUUUGUAAAUAUUGUGUUAGUACAUAUUGGAUCUUCAGGAUCAUCACCUAACCUGACUUUGACUUUGCAACACCUUUAUGUGCCAAGCCCAGGGGAUUCCUUCUGUCCUUCCUCUGAAGACUUUUUUUUUAAGGCUAGCUGUAUAUCAAGAACAUUACUGUCAUUUGACUCUCAAGUCUAGAAUGCUUUUCAAAAUUAAGGAAAAAAUGAAGAGUUAAACGUUAAACUUUAUUUGGAGUAGGCAAAAGAUGACAGACAGACGAAGAGCGAAUGUUUCUGCAAAUGGUCCUGCCAAUCCAAAAUACUGCCAAAUCAACUUUGUGUCAAAUCUGCCUCCCUCACUGCUAUAUAAGUAUUUAUCUCUGACUCCUCUCUCCUUUUACUUCCUCGCUCUUUCUCUCUCUCUCUCCUUUUUGGGCUCGUACUCUUGUUUCCUCUACUUGUCUUUGGUGCUCAGGAGCUGAUGCAACGUAACUUCUGCUGUGUUUCAAGCAUGUAGUAUUCAUAAAUGAAAAAGAGACAAAAACUGUUUCUGUGGAGUAUAAAAAAAAUUAUAUCAAAAAAGUCGCAAAACGAAUAACUAGCGAAGCGUGAGAACUACUUGACAUCUGCGGUUGCUCCGUUUAGCCACCGAAAACUCUGAGGCCAAACCCCCAGCUGUCCUUCGUUCCAGCAGAUAUGCGUCAUGUGUUUUUCGGGGGUUCCACGUUUAGCCCUUUUGAGGAUCCUGAUUCCUGCUCUCAGUUCCAUAUAUGAAGAACCGGAAAAAAUAUAAAAACAUCUCUCAGCAGCAAAACUGACUUUAUUCUAUAUAAAUAUAUAUGUAUAGACUCAAGGACCUCACAGAAAGGAAAUGGAUGGUGAUGCGUGAGGUGAUGUCCGUCCACUGCUUUGAGGUGAUAACGGACUGUUUGGUUGUCAACAUGAGUCAACGUUUCCCUCUCCCUGUGCAUUUUCUUGAAAGAGCCACAUCACAGCAACCAUCCGCUACAUACCGACAUAAAGGAACAACAAAGCCUAUGGACCAGAGUGCUUUGAUUUCUGUUGGUUUCUUUGUUUUUUUUCCUUUUCUAUUUUGUCAUAAACAACAAGGGAAAAGACGCUUCACAGGAAAAUGUGUACACUGUUGGUUUGGCAGUGGGAACGUGAGGGUUCAAGAAUAGCAGGCGAUGUUCUUGUUGGUUCUCACUGGUUCACGAGGCAAAGAAGGGACUGUAUUGGUACGAACUUCUUUAACGAGCGUUAAAAAAAAAAACACUUACACGCGUGAAAGUUGAGGAAGAAGACUUGUUCCUUUGAGGAUGUACGACUUGAACUCUAGUAUUUCAAUUUUCUCAGCUCUAUUAAAAGAACUAAAAAAUGAAAAGAACCGAAAAAAAAUCUAAAAAAAAAAAAAAGUUUGUGAAAUGUCUAAAUAUUUGAACCUCAUCCCAUUGCUAAGAUAAACAGAUGUGUUUCCCUUACUUAAAACCCCUGUUUGGAGUAAAAAAAAAAAAAAAAAGAGAAAUACAAUAAUCAGUGAUCCUGGGAAACUGAGCGGAAAUUGAUAUAUUCCUAUUUGUUCAACAGAGCAAAAUGUAAUCUGGUUUACAAAGCAAACAUGAUCUUACCAAAUGUGUUUUUUUUUCUUUUCUUUUGAUCAGUUCAGGAGAUCACAGUCUUCUGCAUCAUCAUGCCAUCAUUCUCUAUUUUGAACCCUUUUCUGUGCAUCAUUUAACAUGGCAGCCUGUAAUACUUCAGGGUCCUUCCAUUCUUUUGUUUUUGUUUUUUUUUUCUACUUUCCUUUCGAAAAUUUCUCUCAGAGCAGCGAUCAGUAUGUAUGUAUGUUUGUAUGUGUGUAUGUAUGUGUGUGUGUGUAUGUGUGCGCGUUUGCGUCUCUCUCUCUUUCCUUUUUCAUGUUUUCUGCUGACGUUUGUCUCGUUUUUUAGUUUCACUUCAUCGCAGAGCCUUUCCCCCCGGCGCCCUCCUGUUCUUUCUAAAUGUUCUUGUAAAGUGUUCCAGUGAGAUGAACCUAAAUAUGUGUAUAUUAACAGAAGGGAAUACAAUUGGUUAUAUACUUCUUA